UUGGGCCGUAGAAGGUAGGCAGUUAGCUGCCGUCCUCACUAACAAAAUUGGACGUCUUGUUACCGUAAAGGACGUCCAACACAAAUUUAACGCAAUUAAAACGCACCUAAAAACAUUGAACAAAACAUGGUACGCCAUAGAGUUGAAGUUGUGGCACGCAGCAGACAGACUGACGAAACAACUAGUAAGAGACGGAAAAUUAAAAAUUAUAAUGGAAAGGGAUUAUGAAGGAACGAGGGGGGAACUAACUACCGUUGGAACCGUUGGUAGUAAAAGCCAUGAAAAUAUUAACAGUAGUAAUAAUAAUAUAUCAAAUGACGAAGGACCUUCGACAUCCGCGAAGGCGAUGAAGGAAUUAAAAGAAUGGCAACAGCAAUCAACACCAGCAUGGAACGAGCAGCAAUCAACACCAGCAUGGAACGAACAACGAUCAACCUCCACAUACUGCGAACGGCAAUCAACCCCGACACAGAGUCCGCCAAAAAAAAAACAAAGGCACGAAACAGACCAGCCUGAAGAGCCCGCAGUUCAGGAGGAAACAGCAGCCGCAGUGCCGGAUAUGGAGAUACUGCGAGAAAUCGUGAGUCGAUUGACUCCUCACGACAAAAUAGUAACGCUGCAGAUAGACGAAACGUAUACCAGCCUGCGAACGGAAUAUUUAGACGAGGAAGAUAGGCUUACUGGAUGCGGCCAUGUGGAGGGACAAAAAGAAAAAAUAUACAGGACGGUAUAUAUAAUAGGAGCACGAAGCAUAUUAACACCGUUCAAUAUGCUACUCGGCACAUAUCACAUCAUAAAGUACAAAAGAGACUCAAGAUUAGCAUUACAAUUAUUAGAUAAUUAUAUUGACUUGGCGACGGACAUAGGACGCGACUUUAAAGCAGUGGUUGGCGACCGAGGCAGUCGAAACAGAAAGAUGAUGCAAAGCUUUAAUAAUGGCAUCUAUCGGAAAAAAACCAAAGAAGGACGUAUUAUUAAAAUCCGCCUGAUGUACGAUUACAUCCACCUAGCAAAAAGCUUCUUUAUACAUAUGAAAGAAGGCAAGCACUUCGACUGCAAUAUAACAGCAUAUUUAAAAAAGCGUUAUUUUGAAAACACGAACAAAGAAGCAUGCGAAUAUUGGGUAAACAGAGGUGUGGUACCAACGGUCGUGCAUCGUAUGGAUUUCCCCGAAUACGUCGCCUAUUACGCGGACGUGACGCCAGCGUUCAUAAAAACGGCGAUGAACAGUAAUGCGAUCAGAGGUCCGAUAGUGGAACGGACGUACAAAUUUAUAAAGGCGGCAACAAGAUUUGUGAACGUCUUCCAUAGGAAGACAAUCAACACGUCCACUUGGCCACACCUGAAAGGCACAUUAAAAGAAGCGUACAAAUACUUUAAAAAGUAUUUAACAACAAAUCUGUUGUCCAUCGAGAUAAGAUUCACGAUACUCAACUUUAUCAAAAUUGUUGACAAAUUACUACGGGCUUACCCUGAAAUUUCAAUUGCAGGGUACAGGGUAAGCCAAGAUAUAAUAGAAAGAUUUAUCUGCAAUAUGGCCCCAACUUACAGGAGGAGAAGAAGAACGGAACACGAAAUCGAAGUCCUGGUGCAGCGAUUGAUUGCGAAACAAAGAGAUUAUUGGAGGCAACAAGAUGGAACCAUCGGCGACUACGACCUCGUCGAAACAUUGGGUUACCGAAUCCAAAAACAGGCCCAGCAAGACUUUCGGCCACUUCACCUGGAUGGCGCAAAAUACAAAAAUGUAACAACUCGCCGACGUAGGAAAAUAUAUAAGAGAUGAAGUGUCAAUCAUGCCUUAAUGAAUUUACAAUAACAAAAAGAAGCGCGGCAGAAUUGUGACAAAAAACAAGUACGAUAACAACAUAUUAUCGUACAAAUACCUUAAAGCGGAGUUUUUGAAAGAAAACGUUCAAAAAACGUUUAAAUCCGUUUAUAAAAUGGUGUACGCAGUUUGCGAAGAAUGCAUGCCUGACAAAAAUCUUGGGAAGGAUAUCCAAGUAACCGCCUUAAAAAAACUACGAUUCUUCAAAACGGAAGGAUGCUGCCCAAAUGGAAUGGAGCACCGAAGAAACCUGCUGGGUUAUGCUAUAAAAUUGGCGCUACGCGGCGAAAACUGGCUAGAAGAGCCGGUUUGCAACGUAUCAUCAUUCUCCAAACAACUGCCGGACAAUUCAUUAAUAUAUGAAAGACUGCCAUAGGCCAACGGUAAGUUCUCGAUCAGCUUUAUGUAUAAAA